CUAGAAAGUGACCCUUCACAGAGUUCCAAGGGAGCCUUCUCCCUUAGCAACAGUCCUGAAGUUCCAGAAACCAUUCUAAACCCUGAUGGUCAGCUUCAGCGUCUGUCUGGUCAUCAGACUUAUUGCCGAGUCUUCAUCCCAGGGAAAUGCAUGUGGUGGUCGUGGCAGCAGACGUGAUUUUGCUCUUAAGCAUGGGGUGGACCUCAGACUCUCUCUGCUCACCCACUGUGUUUUACAGAGACUGCUGGAUCCGACGCUUCCCAGGUCUCCUAAUUGACCUGGAGGAGUCUCAGAAGCUGGGGGCCCAGUUCUUGAAGUAUUAUUCCGAAAGCACUGGUCAGAAGUGCAGUCGGAGCUGCUGUCUUAGGAAGGAUGCUUUUCACUGGACGUGGCUUUGCAGCAUGGGGCUAGCACACACCCGCAGUCGGGGUCGAGUUUUCUGUAACUUGGCCGUCUUCUUCCAUGACCCUAUUCAUGGCGAUGUCAACUGCCUCCAUAUUCACUGCCCAACCCUGGAGAGCUGCAUAUUGGAGCCCGGAACCAGCGCCAUUUUAUACAACAUAACAGACGGUGUAGAUCCAGAUUUGCUGGUUUUUGAACAAUCACUGCCCACAUAUCUAAACACCCGUUAUUCAUCUAACAUACGGGAGAGACUAAGGAUUCUAAAAGCUAUGUAUUUAGAUAAACAACAAACGACCAUGAUAAACCAAAUGCUACCAUCAGUAGAGGCUCCAUCUUCAACCACAUAUCAAGAUUUGUUUGCAACCACAAAUAAUACUAGGUAUUCCAAGGAAUUAACCAGAGACUCUUGGGCAAGAUUCAUUUCUCUGAAUGACUCCAUUACCACAAACGUAAAUAUGGUGUCAGCCAGUACCAAGUUCAUCAGCAAUCCAGAUAACAAGACUAUUUCUCCUUUCUUUGUGCCGACAGACACAAAACUUUCUCAUGUGCCUUUUCCAUCCCAACUCAACAGUAGCAAACAAGUACUGAACAAAACCAAAGGGUACAACAGCAGAAACCGUACAUCUGAGAAUGAAGACACAACACCUGAUGGGGCACCUGUGACUUCCAAGACGUGGUUGGUUCCUGUGGUCCUCUGCACCUCUGUCACCUUCCUCUGCUGUUGUGUAGUCAUCCUGGCAUCUGGAUGCUGUCGAAAGCACCAGGGCCAGUAUAAACUAGGACAGAGAAAGUCAGGAUCCAAGCAAAUUAAAAAAUGUACCAUUCUGAAGGAGCGCUCUUAAUGGUAAAAGAUGUGAGCAUUGUAAGCUUUUAAGAGUAUCAUUUGUAGUUUUCUGUAAGACGAGGGCAGUUUGGUUAAAAAAAACAAAAAGCACAGAUACCCAUUCUUACCAAUCUCUAAAGAAUGCCAAUGUUUGAUAAACAUAAUUGUCUUUUUGAUUAUUUCCAUUUUUUGAAUAGUGUACCUUUUGCUGAAGUUCGAAAAUUCUAAUCUCUGCAGUUAUUCAGCACCAUGUAAGAGAUAGUUUUCAGUGCUGUACAUGUAUUAACUUGUUGAUUCCUUGAACUCUGUGAGAUAAGUAUACUACUGUUAACUAUUACACUGUUCUUAUCACAUUUUACAGAUGAGGAAACUGAGGAAAGAGAGGCUAAGUAUCUUGCCUAAAGUCACACAGCUAGUAUGUAGCAAAGCCUGACUUAAUAGGCAACAUGGUUCAAAAGUCCAUGCUCAAAAUCACUGUUGGACUACAAGCCUCCAUUUUCUCAAUGAGUAUGGAAAAAAGAUACAGGGAGGAAAACACCAUAACAUCAUAUUUGGUUCCUGUCAAGGUCACAUUAUUGUCACAUAUUUUAAUGAAAUCUUUUAGUGGCUUGAGCAGAAAAGCACUAUAAACGAUUACAGUUACUAACCCAUGAGCAAAAGUUUCCCGAUUUUUAUAUAAUUUUUUAUGUUCAAUUGAUUAAUCUUUGUCAAUCUUAAUCGAUCAGCUUCUUUUUCAAAAACUGACAUGCCUCUCAAUAAUUAUGGCACUAAGAUCUUUGAGUUUUCUGUUGACUUCUGUUGAAUAAAUCUUGGGAGUUUUUUAGUUUA